UGCAUCUCUUGUCUGUAUUAUGUCAAUUUAAUUUUGGAAAGAGGUAAAGAACUUAUGCAGAAAUUUUGCUUAGUGGACAUUCAUGGAUGAUAAACAUUUCGUAGUAGGAGGUUCAUUCAUGUUAACAUCUCUCCAUAAGAGGCUCCAUUGUUCAUGCAUGUUCUUAUAUUUGAUUUACUUCUUUCCUUUUGUAGCUCAAUGUUUACUGUACAUUGUUUUUCUUAUGUUCAAUGCAUUGUUGAUUAGCUUUGCAUGUUCGAUGUACAUAUCUCUUAAGGGAAUGUAUACAUCGUCCCUAACUGGGGUAAUUUUCCCCUAUAGAUUGAAGCAAUGCCACACCAGAGCUCUUUCUUGUAAAUUUUGAAAAAAAUAAAGCAUUUUUAAGCCAUUAAUAUUUAUCAAGGUUUGACCAAAGGGAAAUGAUGAUUUUCUAGGGGUUGCAUUAAAUGCACUCAUUAAAAGUUAAUAGAAGGUUAGAAAGUAUUUAAUUAUCUUCCAAAAAUUGGAUGAGGAGCAUGAGGUACACCUGUCAUUAGAACAAAAGUAACGGAAAAGAGACUAUGAGCAUCUCUGAGUCAAAGCAAGCGACAAAACCAAGAGAAGGACCAUCCAGGUGGCUUUCCUCUGUGUUUUCCUUCUCCUUCUUGCUCAUUACAUUCACAUCGUCUUUUAAUGGCGGAGGUUGGAGGCAACACUACUAAUUCCAGCGGCACAGUAGAUGCCGGAUUCGCUAAGCUUCAAGGGCAAGACUUUGAAUACUAUAUGCAAAGUUAUUCAAUAAUUCUUGGCCGGAAUAGCAAAAAAGCUACAGUAGAUGUUGAUCUCUCUAAUCUUGGUGGAGGGGUGAACAUAUCUCGCAAGCAUGCAAGAAUCUUUUAUGAUUUUGAGAAGCAACAAUUCGCUCUUGACGUCAUAGGGAAGAAUGGAUGUUAUGUUCAAGGAGUUCUUCGUUUGCCUGGAAGUCCUCCAAUUCAAUUGCAUUCUCAGGACUUGUUACAGUUUGGGAAUUUACAAUUUUAUUUCUUGUUGCCCAUGAGAUCAAUCUUUGCUUCAGCUGCUGCACGAGGGAACUACUCAGAUCCUAUUCAUCCUGUUUCAGUGCUAAACAAUCAAGUUCAACUAUUGGAUAGUGGGGAUAGGAAGCAAACUAAAGAGGUUUCAAAGAGUUUGCAGGAGAUAGAUGGAAAUUAUGCUGUUUCCACCCAAUUAACGGAAAAACUAGAAUCAUCUGGUUUAUCGGAUUCUCUUGAUAAGGCAGCAGACCUUCGCCUGCUGUUGCACUUGGAGGAAAAGGAUGUUGUUGAUUCCAUAACUGCUGUACUGAAUGAUCUGUACAAGCCUGGAGAAUGGAUAACCAUUGAAAAGCUUCACGCAAAGCUUGUCGAAAAAUAUGGGAGUUUGUGGGACCCAAGCAGAGUGAGAAGGUACCUGGUCACCGACCAGUUGCCAGGUGAUACUACCGGGAAACCAUGGAGUUAUCUCUUGGCCUUGCUCAACAAGUACCCUGAUAGCUUUGUGAUCACUACUAGGUCAUCUGACAAGGGGACAAUCGAGUUUGUCUCCUCAGUUUCCCUAAUCUCCUAAGGUAUUUAUUACAUUUCCAUCUUCAAAAUAAUGUUUUCAUAGAAACAAACUUGUUGCAGGUUUGUGAGCUUGUGCUGUCUCUCUAUGUAUAGUAAACUCGAACCCAACCUGCUGGUGCAAAACUUUUGUUCUGGCUCCUUGUGGGUUUCCUCGGUCUCUCUGUUCUGUACUAGAUAAUGAAAACUAUUAGUUUAAUUAACUCGUUCUGCCUGUAAAUUAUAUGUCGAAGGCUAAAUGCCACUUCUUUUGUCGCGUUAGUCCAAGAGAACCAGCAAAUUUUCAAGAAAGAAAUUGCAGCAUCUUCAAUAUGAAGUAGGUAAAUGAUGAUGGCUUGUGUAGCCUGUCUAUUACUUCGUUUAACAGGAAAAUACGUCGAACUUGCAUACUCAGCCAAUAAAGCUAGAGGGAAACUCCUACAUCAGUCUGGUUCCUUCCAUUCUUUUAUCUUAUCAGAAGAGCUUUUUCCAUGGAUAAUGAGUGAAAUGGCCCCAUGAUUGCUUGUAGGACAUUAUUACUAUAGCUUCACCAAUUGCAGUCAUUUCUAAUUUGCACUUAAAAAAGAAUCAUAACUUUAUUGUAGACAAAUCAACGGCUGGGAUAAAUGUG